AUGUUCAGUAAGAAUUUUAGAGUCAGCGUGGUAAGUUUUUUCGUUUAUUGCAAAGCCGUCGUGCAUAACUUGGCUAGCCCCAACAUUAGUCCUAGCUCCAAGUCCUAGUCUUGAGCCCCAGCCCAAAGGUCUAGCCCAGAGCCUUAGUUAGAAAUGAGGAACGGGCUGACCAAAUUUUUCCGUGCCUGAAAAAUGGGUUUGAGCCUGGUAAACCGGUUUUUCAUGUCUAGACUUAGUCCAGAAUUCUAGCUAGACAUGAGGAACGGGCCGGGCUUGAGCGUGAGCCCCAGCCCUAGGCCAGAGCCCUAACCCAAAUUCCUAGCCUAGAGCUCCUAGCCGAGCUUUAGACUUAGCCACAGUUUUUUUAGCCUUGUUCCCAACAUUUUACUUACUGUUUUAGAUAGUCCUAAACAUGGUAACAUCAGUAAUAACAAUAAACCGAUCGUUAAAUUGGCUAGUACCAAAACACUACUACAGUGUACAAGAUCAACGUUAUAUUGGUGCUAUGUUAAUGUACAGCUUUAGUUUUAUAGCCAUGAUGUGCAGCUAUAGCUUUGCAGCCAAAUAUUUUAUCAUAGGCUACGAACGACGUGUAGCCUUUGCUCAAAGAUCAACAUACGAACAUGCUACAUGUUGCUCAAAGGCUUUCUUGGGUGCCUUUAAAGUUAUUGUGUUCUUUAUCAUUGUUAAUAUUGUAAAAACAUUUGUGGUGUGGAAAAGUUGUAACCAUGUGGCGGAUGUUUGUUUGAGACGGAUUUUUAUGUUUGACGAGAGUUUUCCAUCAUUGUUUUUGGCUCAUAUUACUAUCACUGCUUCUUUAUUGUAUGGGGUUAAGGUAAGUAAUUCCAGUAGUUGCAGAGAGAUAAAACUCUGGCAAUGAUAAUGGAUAAACUUAAGACAUACAAAAAUAUACUGAAUCGCAUUUUCCAGUAAAUGAUUUGCUAUGAAAACCUUUAGAUAGACCAACAUUUAGAAAGUUGUAAACGUCGUUAGCGGAGAAAGUCGAAAAAAAUGCUUAAAACACAAUGCCUGAUUGUGAGCAGGGCACGUUGGGUGCUUUUUUUGUUAGGUUAAAAACAGUUCUUCAUGGUUACAGUUUUUUGUCGUAAAAGAUUGUUUUGUACGGUAAAGUUUGAGUACAAAAACACUUCAGAUUAUGACAUAAAAACUGUUAAUCGUUGUUGUUGUUCAACCUCAUUUGCUCGAUAAACAAACUGUAGUUGUCUAUGUCUACUAAUCUGUAGACACAACGUGACAUUGUCUUAGUCAGUAAUGUAAGUAAUAUUGUAUGAAAAAACAGUCGUACUUACAAAACUGAAUUUGUGGUAUACCAAGUUACAGAAUGAGUACAAAAAGUUGCAGUAAACAUUGUUUUUAAAAAUAAUAAAACGUAUUUUAGCUGUUACAUCGUUUCAAUUAAAAUCAAUAAUGUACUGUAGUAUUUCAGACUUUCUAUGACCUAAAGUAUCGCUCGUUAGAUAUCAGGAAGAAUGGCGCAUCAUUAAGUGAAGCCUACGUUGUUACUGAAAUCAUGAAUGUAGUAGAUGUCAUGCGUCUUUUAACUUUUGCUUACUUUCUUGUUGUUCUUGCUGGAGCACUUGUGAUCUUUAUGGUGACAACAGGUUACUUUAUGGACUUGUUGCAUGAAGACAACACUUACUACAAAGCUUUUGUUUCGGUAAAAAUUUUUUUUUAACUCUCCACCCUACCCUACCCUACCCUACCCUACCCUACCUUACCCUACCUUACCCUACCUUACCUUACUCUUAUCUACCCGAUCUUACCCUAUUGUUUUCUAUCCUACCCUCCUUUUAUCCUACCCAGCCGCCACUUUUAAUACCCUUACUCAAACGCAAAAAUACCCUACUUUACUCUGCACUUGAUUACCAUUUUACCUUAUCUUAAGUUACUCUGUACUAGAUUUACCAUUUUUUUACCACAGACAUACUUUAGCCUUAUCUUUCUCAACUCUACAUUACAUUAACAUUGUGCCUUUCUAUGUACAAGACAAAACACGAUAUACUUCAAUUUUAGUUUGAGUACUUCCUGAUAGUCAACUACAACUUUUUCUCAACCUUUGUCAUGAUAUGGUGCUUCAAACCAAUACGAAAGUCGUUCCUCAGCGACAUUGCGUGUUGUGUUAAGAUUGAAUGUGCUACAGUAGAACCGGUCAACAACUCCUUGAUUUCCGAUCAUACCGAUAUUUACUUUGAACAGCUGCUUGGAAAUUGGGAACGAGUGCUCAAAGAGCAUGGUUAA